UCUUUUUCAAACUAAUUAUAUUUCGGUUACUGUCUAUUGUGUUGCAUUGAAUGUUUAUACGUUUUAUUGAAAAUAUUAGGCAACAUGAUCCGCGUACCAAGUGCAUUUACAUACAAUUUUUGGGCAAACUCACUGACAGAAGUUGUUGAAUUGAUCUGUUUGAUGCCAAAUGGAGUCGUUAUACCAUUAGAAGCUAAUCGUAAUAUUACUUUGGCUGAAAUUAAAGAGGAUCUAUGGGAUGAAGCUAGCAGAUAUCCCCUACAUGGCACAUUGAAAGAUGCACCAUCCUAUGUAUUUUCAUGCAUCAACUCUAAUGCAGAAGCGGAAGAAUUAAGAGAUGAAACCAGACGUUUGUGUGACAUAAAGCCAUUUUGUUCUUUACUUAAAGUUAUUGAGCAUGAAGGUGUGAAAAGUGACAGAAAUCUAGAUUCUCAAAUUGGUUUAUUAAUUGGGAAAGGAUUACACGAGUUUACAGCUUUAAAGAACUCUGAAGUGAACGAUUUCAGAUGGAAAAUGCGAGUUUUAGGAGAUGAAGUUGCUGUAGCAAGAAGAAAGAAGUCUUGGAUGGAGAAAGUACGUUAUCAAUUUCCUACACGAUUAGCACCAACUGCUACAAUUCCAAAAAAUAUUGAAUGUCGAUUGAAAGAUGGAAAUAUUGUUCUUGUUACAAAAUUUGAAAACACUGAGACGGCUUUCACGUUUCAAAUACCACACACUACGACACCGUAUCAGUUACUGGUAUCUAUUUUAAAUAAACGGGCAAACACUUUGAUGUCUCGAGGACACCCGAAUGAUUUCACUCUGAAGGUUUGCGGACAAGAAGAAUAUUUAAUAGGGGAUUGUCCGUUGAUACAGUUCAGUUAUAUUCAGGAUUGUCUAGCGAAAGAUGUUGUACCGACCUUGGUUACGUUAAGUAGAGACAGCGUUUGCGUUGACCAGGAAACCGCUGUGGAAAAUGCGGAGGCAGAUGCUUUGCAACGUACCAGGCCUUCGUUUUCCACGUUGACUCUACGUAAAAAAGGCAAACAUAUAUCUGCUUGGAAAUUAGAGGAACCAUUUACUUUCACUGUUAAUGGAAUAUCGCGAUUGAAUUGCGAUGCCGCUCAUCGUACCGUCGAGAUCGGGCUUCAGGCUGGGCUUUUUCACGGCGGAAAAUCUCUGUGCGAAAGUCAGAAGACCAAAGAGACUGUUGUUAAUCCAGAUGGCAGUUGCGAGUGGGAGGAAACUUUAAGAUUUGAUAUUAAGGUGCGGGAUAUACCGCGAAUGGCUAGGCUGUGCUUUGUUUUAUACGAAAUCAGUAAAACCGCGAAGGGGCUUAAAAGUCGUAGAUUGGUUAAAGAUACCAAACAAGAAUUUUUUAUAAAUCCAUUAUGUUGGGCUAACACAACUAUAUAUGACUUCAAGUCUCAAUUAAAAACAGGAGCAAUGACUCUUUAUACUUGGACGUACGCGGAGGAUAUGCAAAAUGAUGAUCUAUUGCACUCCCUUGGAACGGUAGUGUCGAAUCCUCAUAUAGAUAGAGCAGCUGCGCUAAUGUUGACAUUUCCAAAUUACGGAAAAGACAAAUCUGUUCUUUACCCGACUCCGGAGAAAAUGGUCGAGUAUGCAAGGGAAUUACGUGAAUCGUCCGUCGAACAAUCGAUUCAAGAAGAACAACCGGAUCAAGGCUCCGAUGUUGGUAAACUACAACAACUUGAGCAACUUCGACUGUUGGCGGACAGGGAUCCGUUGCACGAGCUUCACGAACAAGAACGAAAGAUAAUGUGGACGUUAAGGCAUCACUGCCUUCUCGAAAUUCCCACGCUGUUAGCAAAAUUGUUGCAUUGCGUGGAAUGGAACGAUCAUAGCGAAGUGGCCGAAGCAACGGCAUUGGUUCAACAAUGGCCGAAAUUACCGGUCGAAAAAGCACUCGAAUUAUUAGAUUAUGCAUACGCCGAUCAAAAUGUCCGAAGCUUUGCCGUGCGUUGCUUAAUGGACGUCACCGAUGAAGACUUAAGUUUGUACCUACUGCAGCUGGUGCAGGCAUUGAAACACGAAAAUUACUUGUCCUGCGAGUUGACUGAGUUUCUGCUAAGACGCGCCCUCAACAAUCGAAGGAUUGGCCAUUUUCUAUUCUGGCAUCUUAGGUCGGAAAUGCAAGUAGGUGCCGUAUCUGUUCGUUUCGGUUUAAUAUUAGAAGCGUAUUGUAGAGGAAGUCAACAGCAUAUGCGAUCACUGUUCAAACAAAUGGAGUGUUUGGGAAAAUUGAAGUGUGCUUCCGAACAAAUAAAACAACGAAAAGAUCGUAAAGCGGCGUUGCAAGGUUUCCAAGAGUUCAUUCAAGAACCACACUGCCAAGAAGCACUUUCGAAUGUUUUGAAUCCUUUGGAUCCGAGUUUCCGAUGGAAACGCAUUAAAAUUGAGAAAUGUAGAGUGAUGGAUAGUAAAAUGCGACCGCUUUGGCUUGUUUUUGAAAAUGCCGAUCCAUUUGGCGAUGACAUUUACCUGAUACUCAAGCACGGGGACGACUUGAGACAAGACAUGCUUACGCUUCAGAUGUUACGAAUCAUGGACAAACUAUGGAAAAGAGAGGGUUUAGAUUUACGUAUGAAUCCUUAUGGUUGUAUAUCGACAGAAAAUAGGGUCGGAAUGAUUGAAGUGGUACUAAACGCGGAGACAAUUGCGAAUAUUCAAAAAGAGAAGGGCACGUUUUCGGCAACAGCUGCAUUUAGACGAGGUUCUCUGCUCGCGUGGCUAAAAGACCAUAAUCACACGGAAGCAGCGUUGAACAAAGCUAUCGAGGAAUUUACGUUAAGUUGUGCUGGUUAUUGUGUGGCCACAUACGUUCUUGGGAUUGCGGAUCGUCAUUCGGACAAUAUAAUGGUGAAGAAAACAGGUCAACUAUUUCACGUUGAUUUCGGUCACAUACUUGGACAUUUUAAAGAAAAAUUUGGAUUCAGGCGUGAACGCGUACCAUUCGUGUUGACUAACGAUUUCGUACACGUAAUAAAUAAGGGACAAACCAAGAAAGGUCAGGCAGUGGAAUUUCAGCGCUUCCAGAGUCAUUGUGAGCAAGCUUUCCUUGUAUUGCGGCAACACGGAGGUCUAAUAUUAUCUUUGUUCGCCAUGAUGAUCUCAACGGGAUUACCUGAAUUAUCGUCGGAAAAAGAUCUUAAUUACUUAAGAGAUACAUUGGUACUGGAGAUGUCUGAAAGUGAGGCACAAAAGCAUUUUAGAAGCAAAUUUGACGAAGCUCUCUGUAAUUCGUGGAAAACUUCGUUAAAUUGGGCUUCCCACAACAUGUCGAAAAAUAAUAAAACGACAUGAACCGACACGAUCGGAUUGAAUGCUGAAAACAACAAGAAAUCCAGAACGGAAGAACAGAUGAAGAAACGUGAAAAAGCAGGGGAUACGAACGAAUUCGAUGAACAUAACUGAAUGCGUAAGCAUCGUUGCAUCGUCGUAUCGUCGCAACGUCGCAUGUUUGAGAUACACGGAAGAAAGAGAAUACUAUACUCGGCCCAGAAGAACACAGAGAGAUCAGAAAAAGACUGACUUACGAUUGAUUAGUCGUUACUGAUCGGUAGCAGAAGUUGCCCUUUUCGUGUUUGAUAUGAACGCGAGUGGUAAGGGCUUAAAUGCGUACAUGUACAUACACGCACGCACGCACGCACGCACGCACGCACGCACGCAAGCGACCAGAAAUUGACAGGUGUGCGAGAAAGCAGCCGCACACUUGUUUCAUCUUUCCCAGUUUACUCCGGCAUUUUGAUUAGUGACGGACAAUGGUAGCGGAAUACGUAUACGGUACAUAUCAUUGAUUGACAUUGCGGAUUCCUUGAAAGAGUGCACGCGAGAGUGUUUAUUUGCUAGAACUGUUUCAAGGUAUACCGUUUUUCGCGUGAAAUUAUCGCAGUGUCGUGGCUGUGCCGAUAUAACGACGCUCCUGAAACCUUUUGACUGAAAUUAGAAACGUACGAAAAAGUAUGAA